UGAGGACUCAUUGGGAAAAUCAGAGGUUUCGAAGGUCAUUUCGGUCUUCGGGAGUCAUCAUGCAGAUCGAAGGAGUAGUGAAUGAUCGUGUGGAUAUCCAAACCGUGGAAACAGAUGUGGAAACUGCAGUUACGUUCACAGGAUUUGGAAAAUUCAACAUUAAAAUUUUAGUUGUGUGUGGAUUAAUUUAUAUGAAUACGGGAUUCAGUAUUAGCAGUGUGGGAUUGAUCCUCCCGUCAGCAGCGUGUGACUUCCAACUUACGACGAUUGAUAAGGGUCGUAUAUCCGCUACGCCUACGUUAGGAAUGAUUAUCGGUGCGUAUUUCUGGGGUUGUUUCGCAGACUUAGCGGGAAGGAGAAAGGCUCUCCUGACAUCCACUGUUUCGUACGCUCUCUGCGAAAUUGUGUCAUCUGUAGUAUCGAACUACUGGGGAUUUCUCCUUCUCAAAUUUUUCAGUGGAUUUUCAAUAAGCGGCCACAGUACAGUGGUUUUCACCUAUCUCGGUGAAUUUCAAUCCGGAAAAAUAAGGGAGAGAAUGCUCUGCUGGAUGGAGAUGGCUUGGUCACUUGGAUUGAUAGCUUUACCUCUAACGGGAUGGGCGAUAAUUCCUAUUCACAUAUCUAUUGUUAACGAUGUUUUUUUCUUCCGGUCUUGGAAUCUUUUUGUGAUAGUAUGUGCACUGCCAUCAGUGUUCAUUGGAUUCUGGCUAUUAUCAUUCCCGGAAAGUCCGAAGUAUCUUGCUGAAUCCGGCAAUAACUAUAAACUUACGGAAACUCUUCGUAUGAUGCAUGUGGAAAAUACUGGGAAACCAUUCGAGGAUUAUCUGGAAACGCUAUCUAAAAAUGGAUAUGAACAGCUCAGUCUGAAACUUCGAAAUUAUCAAGAGGAAACAGCGCCCAAGUCUUCGGGAAUACAAGUGAAUAGAGCCCGUCAAUUAUUGAGAAAUAUUUAUCAACAAACACUGACGCUUAUGAAACCCCCAUUGCUCCGAAAAACCGCGAAUGUAUGCAGCAUCAUGUUCUGCUUGGGGUCAUCAUAUUACGCUCUCAUGCUGUGGUUUCCAGAGCUUUUCCAGAGGUUCGCGAGGUUUGAGAAUGAGUCUCCUGCCGAUUCCGCAAGUGUCUGCAGUGUUUCUGAGCAGAGAUUCUCAAAAGAUGAAAUGAGCGAUGACUGUCCCACAACAGUUCCUAGAAACGUUUAUGUUCACACAUUAAUUCUUGGCAUCGCGUGUGUCCCUCUGAGUGUACUGCUUCCUCUAUGCGUUGAUAAAUUGGGAUAUAAAUUUUAUUUAGUGGUUUCGACACUCGUUGCAGCAAGCGUAACACUAGGAUUGUUGUUCGUGAAAUCGUCUAUUGAGAAUCUCAUCCUCUCCUGUAUUUUUGAAGCCGCUUCGUCUAUCGGUAUGAGCAUUGUCCUUGCUAUCAUCGUAGAUUUAUUCCCAACAAAUUUAAGAGCAAUUGCCGCUGCUUUAUGUGCCUUCUGCGGUAGACUCGGGGCGUUAGUCGGCAAUUACAUGUUCGGAUACCUCAUCGAUACCCAUUGUCUCAUUCUCAUUAUUAUCGUAGCUGUGAAGCUAUUAGUCUCUAGUCUUCUUGGAUAUUUGCUGCCCAUUCGACGACACCCUGAGACAACCGUUGUUUCUCCAAAAGUUAUAACUUGAAUUAAGAUGAUUGCUGAAUUUCGUCCAGACUGCUGAAUGGUUGUGACAAUAAGAGAAUUGACAACCGAGUGGGAUCUAGAAUUCAAAGGAGUACCUGAUGCACCUAAAAGUAUUGAGUUCGAUGGGAGGCGCAACAUCGCAAGAUAAUUGGCUCAUGUAAAUAGUAUAUUUGCCAUCGAGUGUAUUAAAAAUAUAGAAA